GGCCAAUAUAUACUGCCCUCUGAUCCAGGGACGUGGAGACACAAAACAUGGAGCUUUCACGAACAACUCAUGGCCACGGACUUCUCAUAGCAUCUGUGUUCUUACUAUUUAACUUGUCCGUAGCUUCUUCACCGCCUCAAGAAAAAGGACUCCCCUACAUGACUUCAGAUGUCAAAGAAGUGUCAGGCAAACAUUUUGAUUACAUUGUUGUUGGGGGAGGCACCGCUGGCUGCUCCCUAGCUGCGACCUUAUCCGAGAGAUUCUCCGUGCUAUUGGUGGAACGAGGUGGCUCACCCUAUGGAAAUCCGUUGGUACUGGAUAAGAAGUACUACGGGUUGGCGUUGAUCCAAACCGAUGAGUACACAUCGGUAGCGCAAAGCUUCAUCUCCAAGGAUGGGAUUAUGAAUCACAGAGGAAGAGUUCUUGGAGGAUCAUCGGCUAUAAAUUUUGGGUUUUAUAGUAGAGCAAGUGAGAAUUUUAUCGAAAAAGUGGGGUUGGAUAAGGAACUAGUAAGACAAGCUUAUGAAUGGGUGGAAUCUAGAAUUGUAUUUAAACCUGAGUUGACCAUGUGGCAGAUUGUUGCUGAGUUUGGCCUUCUUGAAGCAGGAAUUCUACCUUACAAUGGUUUUAGUUUGGAACAUAUCGAAGGAACAAAGGUGGGUGCGACCGUCUUUGAUCAAUUUGGAACAAGACACACCUCAGCUGAUCUUCUGAAGUCAGGAAAUCCCGAAAAUAUAACAGUUCUUUUGAAUGCAACUGUAAAGAAUGUCAUCUUCCAUAAUGAAAAUAGGAACGAAACCAGAGCAUAUGGUAUAAGGUUCAUCGAGAGUAACGGCUGUACUGAUCAAGCCCACGAAGCUUAUAUCAAACAAAAUAAUGAUUCCAGUUCAUGGGGAGAUGUAAUAUUAUCAGCAGGGGCUUUAGGCAGCCCCCAAAUUUUAUUACUAAGUGGGAUUGGACCUAAUGAACACCUGAGGAACUUUAGCAUCCCACUUGUGCUGGACUUGAAAGGGGUCGGAUGGGCAAUGAAAGACAACCCUGGCAUCGCCCUCUUGGUGGACAAUAAGCCACAAAAGAGGCUACCAGACACCCCCCAAGUUGCAGGUAUAGCAGAUGACUUUAACAUCAUAGUUGAAGCAGGAAUCAUACCUGUAAGUUUGAAUGCAACGAGAAUGACAGUUGCUGCCAAAGUGGCAUUCCCAGAAUCAAAAGGUAAGCUCGAAUUAAAUGGAACAGACCCCAGGAGAAACCCUUCAGUUCAAUUCAACUAUCUAGCGAAGGAAAAGGACUUGGAGGAAUGUGUAAAGAUGAGCAAACUGCUUGAGCGAGUUGCUGGGUCUCACUCAAUCGCCGCGUUCCUGGAGAAGGAGAACAAAAAUAACCUCAUGUCUAGUGAGGAGGAGCUGAGAAAAUCUUGCAAGAAAAAUGUGAGGACCUUUUAUCACUUUCAUGGCGGUUGUACAGUUGGGUCGGUUGUGGACAAGGAUUACAGGGUUUAUGGGGUCCAGGGAUUGAGAGUAGUGGACGGCUCAACAUUCCUGGAAUCGCCAGGAACAAAUCCAAUGGCCACACUCUUAAUGCUAGGAAGAUACCAAGGGAUCAGGAUUCUCAAAGAAAGAGAAGAUGCUUGUGCAUUUAGUACCCAGAAAAACAGAUAGGAUCUCUGAAGGGCUCCUAGUUUGUAUCAGAUGACUGAGAACUCAAAAGUAUAUAUCCAAUGAU